AAUUAGUAUCCCUUGUAAAACUAACAGUGACCGAAAUACUUUUAUUAUUUAGUUUUUACCUCCAUCAGAAUGAUUACUUUAUGAUAAACACCACCGUGUGUACUGUAGAUUAACCUAAAGCGCUUUUUUUCAGAUGAAGAUAUGAAGUAACCUCAAGGUCCUGAUAGAGUGAUAACAGUGUCAGAGUGCCAGUAUAGAGCAGGGAAUCGUGCCUACUCGCAGCUCAGUCAGCCUCCCGGUCCUGCCUCACUCUCACUCGCUUUACAACUUCUCGCGGACGCUGUUGGGCCGUGGCUCUUGUGAUUGUUUCGCGACACGUAUCUUUGCAUAAUUUGUAGUGGAAAAAAGUUUGAUUAUAAGGCGAGACUGAGACUAAGACUGAAAUUACAGGAGUGGCUUGAUUAAAGACCUGUACGCAUUGAACAUCACGUGUUGAGGAAGGAGGAGCGAUGACCGAAUCAUAUUCUCAGGAGACGGCUAUGAAGACCCGUAGGUAGAACCGCCUUGUCCACGAUGCCUCGGAGAUACCCUGGGAUCUACAACAGCACCUGCCCCGAGCACAGGUGCAUUGAGGAGCUCCACCUGGUCUGCGUGGAAUCCCUGUGCAAAUGCCUCACGGGUUACACUCCUGACUCGCAAGGUGGAUGCAAGAGCGACGCCGCGGGUCUUGUGGUAACAUGGAUCUCCCGCUCAGUCAUCACAGCUUUUGUUUUGUUCAUCUGCGUCGUCAUACUUUACCUUAUGUUCAGUCGUAGUUCAAGGCGGGAACGGCGAGGCUCGGGAGAGUCGCUGCUGGAGAGCGAGGGGAGCGGCCGAGCCUGCUGGUACGACGCCCCUCCGCCCUACGUCGAGGUCGUCCAGCCGCCGCCCUCCUACCAGGAAGCCGUCUCGCACGCGGAGAAAGCUUCACCAGCAAUGACCGCGGAGCCGGCCUCUAGCAACGAUGCAAGCGCACCUGCACCGCCCACCGGCUUCCCGGGGCUGACCUACACGACGGACGCGUUGAUCCGGGACUUCGCAAGGACGUCCUGCAACUUCGACUUCCCUUCGCCCUCCGACACGAGGCCACCGCAGGACCGGCUCGCUGCGCCCGUUCGCUCUGUCACCGCGCAGCACAAUGACGUGGCAAUACACAUAUGAGGCGGCUACGAGGCUAUCGUUGCGCUUUACAUGAAUCUGGCCUUUGGGGCCGUAUUAACAAGGUGGCGAGUCCGGACGCGGCUGACCAGCUAAACAAGGGAAGGCCGAACGAGCGGUCGUUAUCUGGAACCCUCUGGGGAACGCCACUGGGAAGGGCUUCUGGGUGGAAUGAGGUCGAUUUAUUUUUCAAAAGAGGAAACGUACCCUUCCUCUGUUUCACCGUAACCAAGUAACAACUUCAGUCGUUAAAAUACCGUGUAUUAUAUCUUUGUAUCUUUUUUAACAUGUAAAAAUACCAUACUCUGUAUUUUGUUGCCAUGUAUAUGUUAGAACAAUUGACUAGUAUGUUUCUGUAUUAGUAUGAUUUCGGUGAGAUGUGAACAUGCUUGGCUGUUUUCGACACUGUUAAUACGUUAGUAUCUCUGACUCAGUGUUUUGUCACUGUUAGUGUUAGUAUAUUUGACUCAGUGUUUUGUCACUGUUAGUGUUAGUAUAUUUGACUCAGUGUUUUGUCACUGUUAAUGUUAUCAUAUUUGACUUAGUAUUUUGUCAUAAUUUAUACGUUAGUACCUUUGACUCAGUGUUUUGUCACUGUUAAUUCGUAUGUAUAUUUGACUCGUUAUGUCACUGUAGUAUAUUUGACACUAGGCAUUUGUUUCCAUUAACAGUAUUCUUCCAUGUUUUAUGUGUCCACACCGUAUUACAUCAUCCCUUACAUUCCAUUUAAAAAAAAAGUCUGACUUUCAUUUUCAUCUCAGUACCCAUUAUGCCUAAAGAGAGGACAAAGAACAUAAAUUUGUACAUGUGGCUAUAUGAACGAUGGCAUUCUUGAAUGAGAUCUUCCUCGCCUGUUUUCCACUUUUCGAAUAUUAAAGAUCUUUUUGAUUGUCACUCCUAUUCCGUUUUCUUUAUUUCAAUAAAAAAAAAUGGAAGGU